CUGCCAGUUAGAGAAAAUUUGUAAAGAAGCUGGUAGUUGUUCGCGAUUUUAUUAAUUUAAAGCUAAAUUAUAGUAUUAAACAUAGUUAUUUAUGCAGUGAAAGUGAGCGCGAAUCGUGUGAAAUGCAUAUGAGUGUCAUAGAGAAUAUAAAUCAGUGCGGAAUCAGGCAAAAAUGCUGAAGUGAAAAUUCCGAAAGAGAGGCGUCGUCCCACCAAAAGGAAAACACAACACAGCAGCGACGACAGCGUAAUAGGAAAGUGUGGAAAAUAACAAAAGGAAAAGCGCGUGGAGAGAGACGCAGAGUGUGUGUGAGAGAGGGAGAGAGAGAGCACAGUGAAGUGCCAAGUGCAUCGGAGACUGGGCGUCGGACAGCCAGCCGGAGUGUCAUCCGUUUUGCCCGCCGCGCAGAGAAAAUUUCGUAGACUCGGGUUGUUGCACCGUCAUCUCCCCUCAUCUGCUGUAGCAGCAGCAGCUGCAGUCGUUGCCGCAUCCAACAGCAGCAGCGUAUAACCGUCAGCAUGGAUGCCGCCGAAUCACAGGAAAUACGACAGGCUCGUCAACGUGCUUCCGUCAAGUGGCUGCUCUCGAAGGCCUUCAACAAUCGCGUGCCGGACAACCUGAAGGAGCCCUUCUAUCGCGACCAUGAGAAUCAGGAGCGCCUCAAGCCCCAGAUCAUUGUGGAGCUGGGCAACGCCACGCUCUACUGCCAGACGUUGUCCAAUCUGUACUCAGAUCCCAACUACCAAAGCUUGAAUCACUGGUCAAUAAUACAGACGCUAGCGCGCAAAGGUGUGCCGGUUGCCGAGUCCUCGGACAUGCCCAUUACCGAAACGGUAUUAAUUCAAACGAAUCCGUUGAGAAUUAACGCCCACAUGUCUGUGAUAGAAUCGCUAAUGGUUUUAUAUGCCAAGGAGAUAUCAUCGGGUGACCGCAUCAUGUCGGCCAUCAGAAGAAUAUCGGGCAGCAAUUACCAGACGCCUCAAGGCCAAACGUAUGAGCAAGCUCUGCUGGCUUGGAUUUCGCAUGCCUGCGCCGCUCUGAAGAAGCGCAUCAUCAAGGAGGUGGAGACAGGGAUGCCAGAUGAGAAUGGCUCGCGUCUGCAGACGCCGGACAUACCGCCAGUGAGGGACUUUCAGGAUCUGUGCGAUGGCAUCUGCCUGGCGCUGCUCAUCGCCUACUACUGCCCCAAGGUGGUGCCCUGGACGAGUGUGCGCAUCAACUAUCUGCCCGCUGUCGAGGACUCCAUACACAAUAUCCUGCUCGUGGGCAAUUUCUCACAGAAGCAUCUGCCAUAUGGCGUGUUCCACAUGACGCCCGAGGAUGUUACCUUCAUGAGAGGUUCGAUGAAACUGAAUCUGGUUCUGCUGCUCACGGACCUGUUCAAUCUGUUCGAGAUACAUCCGGCCAAGUGUGUCUGCUAUCCCGGCAUGGAUGGUCAGGAUGUCAUCGCCAGGCGCACCUUGGGCGCCAAUGAGCACGGAAUCUGCCACAGACGGGGCCUCACAAUGCAGCCUGUUACGCCCAUACCCGAUCUCCGCAGCGAUUUUGACCAGCCGCCCGUUGGCUCGCCCUCGAAUCGGCCGCCAUUUCAAGUUCCGCACUCGAAUUCAUUCAGCGGCGGCUUAAAUCGUAGAUCCACCCCGCCAAACGAAUACCAACAGCAACAGCAACAGACGGUUGUUCAAACAAAUUCGAAUCAUUUCGAUGGUAAUCAAGGCGAAGCCUUCGUCGUGCACAAGUCGCGUGGCAUCACCACACUCUCAUCCAUGCACUCGCAGCAGCAGCAGCAGCAGCAACAGCAGCAACACCACCACCAUCAGCAACAGAUCCACCAGCAGCAACAGUCGCAGCUACAGCUUCAGCUUCAGCAGCAACAGCAGCAGCAGGAGCCCUUGGUUCCGGCUCGCUUGCGUCAGGCUAAAGAAAAGACAAAUGUCGAGUCCAAGGCGGAUGAGAGAGGCGAUUUUGUCGCUGCGGGUCGACCAAGUAACUGGGAACAGAGCCGCCGGCCAAGCUUUGCAGGGCGUCGCUCGCGCAGGAACUCCUCCAGCGAGGACUCCCAGCUGACCAUCGAGAAUUUUGGCGGCUCCCAGGAUCAGAUAAACACACUCGGGGGGCGAUUCGAUCGCGAACGAGAUCGAGACAGGGAGAGGGAGCGGAAGUUGUCCAACACCAGCAUAGCUGAACCCGCUGUGGCUGUGCGCUCCUCCAUUGCCGAUGCCCGGGGCACGCUGCAGCUUGGCUACGACACGGAUUCGGGCUCGGAGAAGCAGGACCGCGAGACGGAGAAGUAUUCAAUGCGUCGGCAGGCGAGUAGUGUCGACAAUGUGCCCACGGUGUCGGCUCACAAUCUAUCGAAUGCGAGCAGCCCCUUGCCGCAGGCACGGAACAAGCAACAUUCCAGCGACAAAGACUACAGCAACAGCGUGGCGGACAGCUACAACGAUGCCCGCUCCAGUGCCUACGAUCCGGAGAGCACACCAGUGCGUAAAUCCUCCACCAGCAGCAUGCCAGCGAGCCCAGCAGCCUGGCAGCUGGAUGUGGGCGAUGAGGAUAUGCGCUCGCUGGAGAACGCCUCCAAGCUGUCCACCAUACGCAUGAAGCUGGAGGAGAAGCGGCGACGCAUUGAGCAGGACAAGCGGAAGAUCGAAAUGGCACUGCUCAGGCACCAGGAGAAGGAGGAUCUGGAGUCAUGUCCAGAAGUAAUGAAGUGGGAGACAAUGAGCAAUGAGUCGAAGCGAACACCGGACAUGGAUCCCGUUGACUUGGACAAGUACCAGGUGGGUGAGCAAAGCAUCGCCAUCAUGAACAUGAAUCUGCAGGAUAUCCAGCAGGAUAUCCACCGCCUGGCCACGCAGCAGAGCCAAAUGCAGGCCCAGCAUCUGCAGGCGCAGCAGCUCCUGCAGGCCCAGCAGAUAGCCAACAUGCUGAACCAGCAGCAAACCUACGGGUCGCAGCAGCACCUGGCUGACCACCACUACCAGCAGCAGCAGCGACCCAUGCAGCAAAGCUUUGGCUCAUCGCCGCAUCUUCCGCAGGCCUACAAUGCCCCAGUCAGUGCGUACAGCUCCCGUCCGCCCAGCCGCGAUCCCUACCAGCAGCAGCAGCAGCUGCCACAGCCCAUGGCCAUGCCCCAGCCGAUGCAGUUCGUCAACGAGCAUGGCCAGUACAUGUCGCCGCCGCAGCCCUCCCACUACCAGCCGCAGAGCAUCUACAGCGACAACGGAGCGCCCUACAACAACCACUCGCCGCACUACGGAGCGGCUGCCCCUCCGCAGUACAGGAGCAGUGUGGUCUUCGAUGACUAUGGCCAGCCCACGAACCAUUUCUACCUGCACGAGUCCUCGCCACAGCCGCAGGUCCAUCCCCAGCGACGCACUUGGGCGCACUCGGCAGCCGCCGCCGCCUACGAGCAGCAGCAGCAGAUACAGCCCAUGGUGGAUGUGAAUGCGUGGCAGACGCAGCAGCACCAGCAGCAGCAGCAGCAGAAGAAGCCCCAGCAGACCUGGAUGAACAGGCCUCCCUCCAGCGCGGGAGCAGCGGCCCAGGGCAGUUUUAUGCUGCACCAGAACGGUGGAGGCGGUGCUGGAGGCAGUGGCGGCGGCGGAGGCGAGCUCCAGCAUUUGUUCCAGGUGCAGGCCUCGCCGCAGCACUCGCAGCGCCAGUUGGGUGGGGGUGCCAACGGGGUGCAGAGGCAGCAGUCGCUGACCAAUCUGCGCGACAAUCGCUCGCCCAAGUCUCAGCACCAGCCGCAGACAAUGGGCAUGGCCAUGCCGAUGCCCAUGCAGCAGGAGGACAUGAUGGCACCGCAGAGCAUCUGCUUCAUUGGCGACGAGGAGGAUGUGGACGAGCUGGAGCGCAACAUCAUCGAGUCCAUGCAGUCGACGCGCAUCUCGGACUUUGUGCUUCAGCAGCAGCAGCAGCAGCAACAUCACCACCAGCAGCAGCAGCAACAGCAGCAGCGUCUGCAGGGGCACGGACACAGUGGAAGGGGCAGCAGUUCGGAGGACUACGACAGCGGGGAGAUGAUUUCCAACAAGUUGAACAUAACCAGCGGCAAUCUCACCUACCGCAUACCCUCGCCCUCGCGCCCCUCCAUCCAGGCGAACAGUUUCCAGGACCCGCGCGACAGCGAGGAUCAGCCCGCAGAGAAGGGCUUCUACAUCUCCUUCGACGACGACCAGCCCAAGCGGCCAAAGCCGCCGUUGCGCGCCAAGCGCUCGCCCAAGAAGGAGGCCCUGCCGUUGGGCAGCAGCGGCACCAGCAGUCGGGACAGGGACAGCGUGGACCACCAGACUCUGCUCAAACGGGAGUCCCUAAGUCAACUGCACAACAACAACAACAUCAACAACAAUGGCAGCGAGGAUGGCCACAAGUCAGCAGGGGCCAACAGACACAGCAUCCACGGCCUGAACCACUCAAACAGUGUCAAAUCGCCCGGCAAUGCCACCUACAACAAGUACACGGACGAGGCGCCCAUCCAACUACGCCAUCUGGGCGUAUCUGGUUCGGAUCCAUUUGGCCACGAUCCACAGCCACACCCACAGCCACACCCAAUGCAGCAGCAGCAGCCCAUGUCUCCCACGCGACUCCAGCAAACCAACAGCAGUGCCGAGGCGGCCAAGAACAAGGCGCUGGUGAUUGGAGUCGAUGCCACCAACCUAGAUCCGGAGUCUGUGGAUGAAAUGGAGCGACGAAAGGAGAAGAUCAUGCUGCUGUCUCUGCAGCGGCGACAGCAGCAGGAGGAGGCAAAGGCGCGCAAGGAGAUCGAGGCCUCGCAGAAGCGGGAAAAGGAGCGCGAGAAGGAGGAGGAGCGCGCACGCAAGAAGGAGGAUCAAAUGGCGCGACGAGCGGCCAUAUUGGAACAGCACAGACUCAAGAAAGCCAUCGAAGAGGCCGAACGAGAGGGUAAAACCCUGGAUCGGCCCGAUCUGCAUGUUAAACUGCAACCACAGUCAUCUACUGCAACGAAUCCGCGACUCCGGCAGCAGCGCACCACACGUCCCAGGCCCAAGACCAUCCACGUGGACGAUGCCAGUGUGGACAUCAGCGAGGCUUCGAGCAUCUCUAGUCGGGGCAAGAAGGGCUCCAGCUCGAAUCUAACUGGCUACGGUCAACUAAGCUCAAAUUCAAUGAAAAGAGAUUAUUACAGGGGCUCGCAAGACUCCCUCACAGUAAAAGAGUCCCCCGAUGAUUAUCCCAGUACAAGUUCAACUCCGAUUGGGCGACGGGGAUCCUAUAAAACUUCCAGAGAGCCAUCAGCCGUCGAGCGGGGCCGCACUCUGUCGCGUAUCUCCGUCGCUAAGGGGAGCACACUUAAUUUCCGGGGCCGAAAGUCCAAUUCGCUAAUGAAUCUGUGCGACACAGAUUCGGGACUGGGACGCGCCACACCGCCGAGGCGCGCACCCUCGCCUGGAAUGGGCGCUUCAGGUCCAAAACUCUACAAGCAACCAGCGGCCAAAUCGAAUCGCGGCAUUAUACUGAAUGCCGUCGAAUACUGCGUCUUUCCGGGCGCCGUCAACCGUGAGGCCAAACAGAAAGUGCUCGAGAAGAUAGCACGCUCGGAGGCGAAACACUUCCUAGUACUCUUCCGCGAUGCGGGCUGCCAGUUCCGCGCCCUCUACAGCUACAUGCCCGAGUCGGAUCAGGUGACAAAGCUGUACGGCACCGGACCUAGUCAAGUCGACGAAGUCAUGUUCGAUAAGUUCUUCAAAUACAACUCAGGGGGCAAGUGCUUCUCGCAAGUGCACACCAAGCAUCUGACCGUCACCAUUGACGCCUUCACAAUACACAACUCGCUGUGGCAGGGCAAGCGGGUGCAGUUGCCCAGCAAAAAGGACAUGGCGCUUGUGAUCUAAGUGCAACGGAGCAGAGCAGAGCGGGGCGGAGCAGAGCGGGGCGGAGCGGAGUCCGUGCCAGUGGGCGCUUGGCGCUGUUUGGCCGGAACAAAACUACUCUACGACAUUGCGCAUUAAGACAUCUAUGGAAACCUAACGAACUAUAACUCGAACCAUGUGAGGUCUUUUUAUGGCUCACGAGAGGUGGAUUUAUGGCGUGGGUUAUGGCAUAGAGGGGGGUGGGACACUCGGUUUAAACCACUAAUAGCACACGCUUGAGGAUCAAGAAAUUGGAAUUUACAGAAAAUUUUGUAGUGUGUAAACGAUGUGCGAUUGAAUACUUAUUUUCAAUGUAAAAGCAUAUACCUACAUAUAUCCGCCUAAGAAUUUAAGCAGCAGAAAUAGCAGCAAGCAAGCAGCCAAGCAGAAUCGUGUAAAAUGUAAAACGCUGAACAAAAAUGGAAUGGAAAGGAAUGGGCAGAAAGCAGACAACACCACAAGCCAAAAGAAUGUUAUGAAGCCCUUUGGAUAAUUGUAUUUUUGUUAGUUUUCGUGCCGGAUAUUCGUGCAGCACGUCUGUCAGAGGGGAAGAACAAAUGUAGAAAAUCACUUUUUAUUAAUUUGUUUUAUUAUUUUAUAUUGUUAUGAAGUUAAUCAUGUGAAAUUUUUCUUGGCCUUGGGCAGGCGGAAACUGAAUUGUGUAAAAUGAGGCCGCAGCCAAAGUCGACUCUAAUUUUAAUGCCACUAGCUAUUUAUUUUAACACUAAUUAAUAAUUACUUUUUAUGCGUAUUUAAAAAGGAAUAAUAAUACAACUAAUAUUUAAAGAUAUCUACAAUCUGUACAAUAUGAUAGACUUUUGAUUGCUACAGACGGAAAGCGAAUUUUCCCCUCAGAUUUCCCCGCAAAGUCAGCAGUCAGUCCCCGACUCUAAAGUUUCGCAUAAGUUGCCCAUGCAAUGCAUUUGAAGAGCUCUUAAGUUAGUCGAUCUGCACAUGCAUUUUCCUCUUUAAUUUUGGGGCUAGUUACCUCUGGCCUUCUCGACUGCGGCACCAGCCAGGGAAUUGACUUCGGCAACUGCCAUCGACUCUACUUACUUGAUUUUAACUCUGUGAAAUCGCAUCCGAUGAGCACCUUUUAGACCGCUCAACCGUUGGUGGCACCCGCCUACACAUUCACCAUCACCCUAGUCUUUAACCCCAACACACACUCACCCUGUUUUACAAAUGCACCGAUCCACCGAUCGAUGAUUGUCAACGCAAGCCCCC